ACAUGAGUAUGUAGCUAGCAGAAGCAAACAAAGAAAGUUUUGUCAAAAUCGAUUAGAUAGUUUUUGGAAUUAUGGAGUAUCCGCAAACUAUGAAUAUAAUAAACAUUUUUUCUUUGUACAGUAAUAUUAUGACAGCAGUAUCUUGUUCAUCUAUAAGUGUGUUUACCAAAUUUUUACGUAGAUAAAAUGUUAUUCUGUAAUAGGUUAAUUAUAUGUUGAUAUUUAGUAAAAACUAAUAUUACUAAAAUUGUAACUAUAUACAAGCAGUAAGAUAAACAGUAUGGUUAGCGCAAAAUUAAACGACACAACAGAUUUUUACAAAGGUUUAGGAUUAGCGAUCGGUUCCAGCGGCUUUAUAGGUGCUAGUUUUAUUAUAAAAAAGAAAGCAUUAAUUCGUCUUCAAAGAUGUGGCGCAUUACGAGCUUCAUCUGGAGGAUUUGGCUAUUUAAAGGAGUGGAUGUGGUGGGGUGGUCUUCUUUCAAUGGGUAUAGGAGAAGCAGCUAAUUUUGCUGCUUAUGCCUUUGCACCUGCUUCAUUGGUUACACCAUUAGGAGCACUUAGUGUUUUAGUAUCUGCGAUAUUAGCAUCAAAGUACCUGAAUGAAAAACUAAAUUUAUUAGGAAAGAUUGGUUGCCUUUUAUGCAUACUAGGUUCAAUGGUUCUUAUACUUCACUCUCCAAAGGAGGAAGAAAUUAGUACAUUGGCUGAACUUUUAGAUAAAGUCCAAAGUCCAGGAUAUAUUACUUAUAUUUUAGUUGUGAUAAUAUAUAGUUUGUUAAUAAUUUUUCAUUUUGGGCCUGUUCGUGGAAAGCAAAAUAUAAUAAUAUAUAUUUCUUUGUGUGCAUCUAUCGGAUCAUUGACUGUUAUGAGCUGUAAAGGACUUGGUUUAGCUUUGAAAGAAACCAUUAGUGGACUUAAUAAUGCAUUUGCAAAUUGGUUAACAUGGGCUCUUCUGUUUAGUGUUGUAAUUUGUAUCAGUGUACAAAUGAACUAUUUAAAUAAGUCACUUGACUUAUUUGAAACUACAAUUGUAACACCAAUUUACUAUGUAUUUUUCACAACAUUAGUAAUAAUUGCAUCUGCCAUAUUAUUUAGAGAAUGGGAAAAUAUGAGUGCAGAGGAUGUUUUAGGUUCAAUUUGUGGCUUUUUUACCAUAAUAAUUGCAAUAUUUCUGUUAAAUGCGUUUAAAGAACUAGAUAUACAUUAUGAUAAUAUUAAACAUAUAUUGCGGCCUAAAAAGGAAACAGUUGUAAGCAAUAAUAAUCAAUGGGAUGAUUCAGAUAAAGAAAGAUUAUUGAUUAGAAUGGAAAGUUCGAGGCUAGAAUUAGAACAAUCAUAUGGAGCUCAAACUUUGACAAGAACGGUAUAAUACUUAAUUACAUUAUAUAUACUAUUAGAUAGGCCCAAUUUAUAAUCGAGGUCUUAUCAUCUACCAUUCCCCUUUCUCGCUAGUCCUCAUCAAUAUGCUCUAUUCUAAUAGCUCAAUGAUCUUAAUCAUUGUUGUUCAAUGCAUGCCGCGUAUACACAUAUGUGAUAGGAUAUAUACAUAUAUCCAUAAAUAAUACACAAAGCUUUGAAAAAAAUACAAAUUUUAUUGAUUUCAUAAUCAAUGUUAUUCAUUACUGUAAUAAAACAAUAGUAAUUUA